AGGCUCGCAACUCUUCUUCAUCUUCAUCGUCAUCGUCAAGGCUAAGACGCAGAAGAGGUAUGGCAAUGUCGAGUGGUGGUGUUGGCCUUCUGGGCUCUGCAGCUGCCCUCUUGGGUAGUCCUGUAGCUGGGACGUCGAUGCGUGGUCAUACCAAUGUCGCCAUGUGGAGUUGUCCUCUUCCUCCUCCUUUUCGCCAUUGCGACCUCCGAAGGCACUCCUCUUCUCUAUCUUCUCCUCCACCUUCUCCUCCUUUUGUGGUGGCCGUGGCCGCUACCGACUCCUCCAAUCAGGUCAGCCCGACCCAGCAGCCGUCCGAAUCUAAGAGCAACAAGUACCACUUCGUGGUUGCGAAUGCCAAAUUCAUGCUGGACGAGGAGGAGCACUUCCAGGAGCUUCUUUUCGAGCGCCUCCGCAACUACGGCGAGCGCAACAAGGAGCAGGACUUCUGGCUUGUCAUCGAGCCCAAGUUCCUCGACAACUUCCCCAAUAUCACCAAGCGAUUGCGCCGGCCUGCUGUCGCUCUUGUCUCCACCAACGCUACCUGGAUCACGUUCAUGAAGUUGAGGCUGGAUAGAGUGUUAGCUGAUAGCUAUGAGGCAGAUAGCCUAGAAGAAGCAUUGGCUUCUAAUCCCAUCCACGUAGAGUUUGACAAGCCGGCGAAUUGGGUCGCACCUUAUCCAAAGUAUGAAUACGGAUGGUGGGAGCCCUUCUUGCCCGCGGGAUGCAGAGAAUCAAAAGUGUAGUACUUACUUUCUUGGUGUUGCCCAUUAGGCUUUAAUUUCCUUUUACUUUAAAGCUGAGCUUAUCCUUGUCUACAAUAAUAUUAACUAGCUAUUGGCGAGGUAUCAGGAUGUCCGCAUGAUUUUUGUU